AUGUGGCGGUGUUGUGGACGAUUGCACGUUGCGUUGCUGCGGAGGCGGUGGGCCUUGACUGUUUCACCGACAGGCGUUGCAGUGCGGCUGCAUGGCGCACCGACAACCGAGCCGUGCGAGCGCCACGCCCAACGCCAUUGGGACUGCGAGAAGAAACAGCCGCGAGUGCCCAUUGGAGCCAGCGGCACCUGCUGGCCGCAGUUGGGCGGUGCGAGUGGGAUGCUCCACCACACGGGUGUUGUGAUGGCACCUCGAAGCGGCAUCCCCGGCGAUGGUUCCGACGCUGCAACUCGCAGAGGAGUGGAGGAAACGAGGCAACCAAAGUGGACCAUGAGCAGCAGCGUAGAGGACAUUCUGCUGGGUGGAGACACGAGCACCGACAUGAAGCUGAACGAUUUUCUUCGGAAUUAUGUUGGCGGCAGGGCGGCCGUUGAUGAAGACCACAAUGUGACGAUGCAGGUGUUUGUUCAAGAGCCGGAUGCUUACGUACAAGACCAGCGGCUUUUUAGAAUUAUUUUUAAUUUAACAGAGUACCAAGAGAUGAAAAGAGAGUUGGAUGAGAUGAAAAUUCUAUUGGAGGAUAUUACUAAGCUUCAUCACGAGAGUGUGUUUUCGAUUGAACAAUGGAGGGACUAUGAAGGAAAGGAUACAGUCACUUCUCUUGCAAGGGGAAAACUAAACGCAGCCCUCACUCAGGUACUGAGAGAAGAACGGCGUGUGGCAGAAGAAAGGCUAAUAAGAGCGCAAGAAAUGAAAUUUACCUUUUCCACUACGAUUGAAGAGGUACUGUUCAAAGGAGGAGUCCGCGUCAAGGAAAUGAAGCUGAAUGAUUUUCUUACGAUGGAAUUGGACGGCAGGGGCGUUGUGGACACCAAUCGGGAUGUCUUGCUGGAGGAGUUUUUCAAGGAUCCCAAGAAAUAUAUCCCUGAUAAGGGAGUAUUGAAAGAAAUGCAGAUAACCGAUGCUUAUGCGAGGAUGGAGAGGGCUGUGAGGGAUGAAAUGGAUAUGGAAGAAGAUAUAAAGAAGCUUUACAAAAAUGGUGUGUACGAUCUACUGAAAUGGUCAGAAGCUGCAGCGGAGGUAAAGGCAACUGUUCAUGGCAUCACUAACGAGUUUUUGGAUGUAGCCUUUGAGGAAGCGAGGAUCCUAACGACGACGAGUGCAGUGAUGAAACUGGAGGGAUUAUACGAGUCUGUGUACAAUGCGAGGUGGAGCCAUGUGGUGGAAGUUCCUCACGACAAAGGAAUGGGAAUGGAAGUGAAGAAGGGGAAACCAGAACAGUCAUGGACGUACAGGGAGGUUGGCGAUACCCUCGAAAGGAAUGACGCUGUGCAGCAAUCCGGUGCAGCAACUCCCGUGUUGAUGGUGCUCACCUCGGACGAUGGGUGGCCGUACACACUGAAUGCGCCGCAUGGGUCUGGUAAUGACUUCUUUAUUAACUGUGAGGUGGAACGAGUGUGGCAGAUCGUCAAGCGCGAUCUAACCGAGUGGUUCAGCAAUUUUGAUUUGACUCUCAAUCCUUCACCUAUGCCGCGUGUGUUGAUUGGGACGCCCGGGAUCGGGAAUUCGGCGGCUGCCGGCUCGUACCUCCUCUACCAGCUGCUGCACUGCGAUGUGGAGAAACUCCAAGUGGUUGUCCACUGUUUUGGGGAUACCGCGUACGUGUUUCACAAGAUUACCAAAACCGUGACAAAAUACACGGGUAACAAAACAUCGAAGAUUGUUGUGGAUGGUUUGUGGCAGCGUGGGAUGAAAGGGUAUAUUAUUUACGAUGUGGCAAAGAAAGGAACACCGCCCGACACAGAUUUUGCGCCCUGUAAUGGAUGGGGCAUGAUUGUGGUGUCAUCCCCAGAGGUAAGCAACUAUGAUAAAUGGGCGACUCAAGUAAAAGCCACGCAAAUCAUCAUGAAUUGCCCCGACGAGAUGGAUGUGAAGGCGAUGUGUGCAUGGGUUAAGCGAGGUGUGAAACCAGAUAAACAAGCGGAAUACUGGAGGAUGGUUGAAAAGCACAUGAAGAAAGUGGGGCCGAUUCCACGUCACAUCUUCGAUGCGGAUGAAUAUGGAAAACGCACGCAGGAUGUUAUGAGGACCUUGGAAUGGAUCAAUAUUGGGGGUCAAGGAAGGUACUUUGCCCUGGGAGGAAGUAAUUUAUGGUAUUCCGAGGAUCCGUCUCACAAACUUGUGAAGAUUGUUCGAGUGAGAGGAAAAAGCGCAUUUGAGGGCCUCAGUAAUGCACCUAUAUGUAAUUAUCUUGGGGUUUUAACAGUAUCUCGUUUGGCAAAGAUAAUGAGUCUGAAUGAUUUUCUUUUCCUCGUAUUGGGGAUGAAGAAUGUUCUUCAACCUGCAGCUUUGAAAAAGUAUGCUUUGAACGUAUUAUUGAGUGUGAAGUUUGUCACUUCCAUAGUGAAGGAUCUCAAGGAGCUGCAGCCACCAUCACCUUCCGAACCACGGUCCUCGGUGCUAACGUUAAACCCUCAUGGUUACCCCACCGAGGCAGCUGCAAUAACUGAACUGAAGUUCAUUGAUCGCCCGCAAGAAUUAAAUUAUCGGGUGUUGUACAUACCGACGUUCCCAACCUUUCCGCUGGUGGACGGCUUUUUCUUUGUUGAUUCGCCGCGGAAGACGCUGGUUGGGCUGCAGAUGACGACGGCGAGUGCGCAUCACACGACAACCAGCACUGUGAAGCAGUUCACUGAGUGCCUGGCGUCAUAUUUUGAUGAUUGGGACGAAUUAUCCCGAGACAUGUCGUGGGAGAUGAUUUAUGUGCAGCACGAAAACAGCACAAUGAUAACGAAAAGGCAGAAAUGCGAUGUCGUCAUUCCCAAUAAUUUGAGCGACGCUGAAAAAGAAAUUGUGGCGUUCUGGGACGGAAAGGUACACCAAUACCAGUUUGUGUUGACACCUGAUUUUGUCAAUAAAAUCCGAGAAAAGUGUGAAUACAAUAAUCUUGUAGAAAAUGGAUAG